CACUGUGGAUAUGCACUAGCUAUUGAAGUGCAUUGGGCCCAUAAUACCAGAUUAUACUCCUCACACUCGUGCACCCAUCCAGCACACGGCUAAGAACAGUUCCAGCAAGGAAAAAAUAACACACACUGGACCCUUCUGUAAAGUUUGAUGGCAACUUACCAGCAAGGAUUUAUGAAAACCAAACACUCUUUGGAAUAAUUAGCAGGAGGUAGAAAUUGCAAAAAGCCCCGGCUGAGCAGUGCAUAUUGGUUGGGAUAGGCACCCUGGAGUGACAACAUCUGGUUGUAAUUAAAAAGGAGAUAAAAAUGGAGAGAGGAGACAUUGAUUAGUAGAUGAAGCUUUUUUUAAAUUUUUGUGUGUGUGUGUGUGGUUUCUUCUGCAAACCCCGUGCAAAAGCCCUGCAAAUGGAUUAUGCCUAAGAACCACAGGGUUUAGUUUCUGAAAAGGACAAGACUACAGUGUGCAGUGUCUUCUGCAGGAGAUGAACAUAGAAGGUGGCUAAGAAAGAAGAGGAGGAGCCCCUCUGUCUGCAUUGCAAAGAUAUGGCUCAGAGAUCCUGGAGAAGAAUGAGGCUGAAGAGACCACCUGUGGCUGGAUUCUGCUUCUUGCUUGCCUUCUCUGUGGUGGCAUUUACCAGUUUUCCUCUGCUGCUUCCAAACAGCUAUGGGGAGUCCGAUCUCCAGUUCUUGGCACUGGCUGAGCCACAUGGGAAAGUCAUCCGGCCCAGGCGUCUGUGGACAAACACCACUGCCUCUGUCCCCCAGUGGGCCAGGAGCUUUGACCACAGAGAAUGGGAACCCUCUCCCCCUGGCACCAAUCAGGAAAGGCAAUCCUCACACCAUCCCCAGUCUGCCCGCAAGCCAAAGAACCAGCCAAGUAUCCUGCGCCGACAAAACCACACACUGCUGAAAGCAAAGAGAAAGCAUAAAGGAGAGAUUAGGAAACAUAACAUUGUUGUGAAAAGCUCUGAAGCCAGCAGUAAAUUACAGCAUGAAAACAUUCCCCGCAGGACCAGUGGUGAGAAGAAAAGGGAGCUUAAUACUCAUUUUUCUCUAAAUAAUACAGGGAGCAAUGUUCAUUUCUAUAAGCUUACAGGGAAGAAGGCAGAUAUGAAACCACAAAUGGAGGAGGCCCCUUUCUUUUCUCCUUCACUCAGCAAUAAAAGGGGUUUUCAGGAAGGAAAGCCAGAGGUUGCUUUAUGUCUUAAGAACCCUUUUGCAAGCCAGCCAGCUGUGGCACAGGACCGACACAAACCAGAUGUGCAGGCAGCCGGCGCUGAGCCGCAGCAUUCAGAUUCAAUUAAAGCCUUUAUCUCGGAAGCAGAUAGCAGGCAGCCCUUCAGAGGUGCAGCAGGCAUGCAGAGACAGACAGGCAGUUACUCCCAGGAGCCUGGAGAACCAGGAGAUCAUUUCUGGGUGGGUGUGGCCACGCAGUUACAGACAUCUGAAUGGUGUAUGAAGACUCCAGAAGAUGCCCUUUCUGCCAAAGGGGAGGGCCACCUGAGGUUUGGUGAGAGGAUCCCACCUUGGUUUACUGCAGAUGAUGUGCAGAAGAUGAAAUGGCUGGCAAAUAGCAAAGUGGUGACCAAAACCAGAAUUCCUGCCCAUGGACAAAUCCUCAGAGUCAGCCUUUUGGCCAGACAAGACACUUCCCCAUCUGACCCUAAACGAGACUGUUCAGAUGGGCUCUGUGGAUUAAUAAAGCGACCCAGUGACCUCUAUGAGGUGCUAGCUUUCCACUUGGACAGAGUGUUGGGGCUGAAUAGGAGUCUGCCUGCAGUGGCCCGCAAAUUCAGCAGUCCCCUGCUGCCCUACAAAUACACCAAUGGUGCAGCGAGGCCCAUCAUAUGGUGGGUGCCAGAUAUCCAGCACCUAGCUGAUGCCAACAACGACCAGAACUCUUUUGCAGUGGGGUGGCUACAGUACCAGUCUCUGCUGCAGCAGCGGUGUGGCAUGGUGGAUUCCAGGGCAGCUCUCGGAAUAGCUCCAUGUUUGAGUGUCCUGCACACAGAGUGGGCCAAACUGGCACUCUUUGAUUUUCUCCUACAGGUUCAUGACCGACUGGACCGUUACUGCUGUGGAUUUCAGCCAGACCCUGAAGAACCCUGCAUGGAGGAAAUGCUUCAUGAAAAGUGUAGGAAUCCUGCAGAGCUGGUCCUGGUCCACAUCCUGAUCCGGGGAAGUGAGCCUUCUCGCUUGGUGUUCAUUGACAAUGCAGGCAGACCUCACCAUCCGGAAGCAAAACUCGACUUCAGGCUACUGGAAGGCAUAGAUGGGUUUCCUGAGACAGCUGUGACCGUGCUCAAAUCGGGAUGUUUACAGAACAUGCUUCUGAAGUCACUGUACAUGGAUCAGGAAUUCUGGGAAAGCCAGGGUGGAUACCAAGGACUUAGACACUUGCUUCAAGUCAUUAACAGAAGAGGACAGAUCCUACUGCAGUACAUUCAGGAACACAAUCUGACAAUCUUUAAGGAUUCAUCACUUUAAAACAUGCCCCUACAAGAGCAACACACGCCUGAUAUAAAGUGCAAGGUUGCAACCAUGGGUACACCUCGGUACUCUAAAGCUUUUAUGAUCAGAAGCUGCUCUUGAGUGCUUGGUUCUUCAGAAUCAAAUUCAGCAGCACAUCCUGAAGAAGUAGAAUAGAUCCCAGGAAGAGACAGAUGGGGGAAAGAAAAUUUCUGACACAUUACAGAAAGGCUGGGAAAAUGAAUUUACCAAGUAUUUUAUUGAGCACUGACUCCAGCUUGGAUUUUCAAAGGAGUUGAAUCGCAUUGAGAUUUUGGGCACCUAACUCCCUGAGGUUCCUUCAAAAAUCUUAUCUUGAAUGUUAUGGCAAAAUACUAAGGACAACAUGAGAAAUAUUAACUCAACAGUUUGAGAGACUGACCAAAGCUUAUAGAAGCCAGUGGGAGUCUUUUAAUUGACUUCAACAGGCUUUUGAUUAAGCCUUAACUGCUUCAGAAGUAGUCUAUAUAUGACCAGUUUGGUUUGACAUAAGCAAAAAGGGUGGCACCUCCAAAGCGAAUUAUAUAUAUAAUGAAAUAGCAUGUGAGCGAAGAUAGGUCUUCCUCAGUCUAAUGAAUGAUGUGCCUAUGGAUACUGGAUGUAGAUCAAUUAAUGCCAGCUGAGAAUCUGGCCCAUAAUGCAUUUCAGCAAGCAUCUGGCAGCAAUUGCUAUAAUUAAGAUUGAAAACACUUUCUAGCCUAACUUGCUGUUUUCAUACACUCAAUGCUUCCUGAAACAUUCACCUUUUGAGCUGCAAUUUUCCAUGCUAGGUCCAGAGUGAAUUUUUAUUUUAUUUGGAUAAGUUUGAACUAAAUCACUUCUGUCAUGUUUUGAGCUAUGGGAGAAUUAAGCAAAAAUGCCUCCUACUAAAGAUCUUUUAAAUACCCUUUUUUGGACAUGGCAGCAGCAAAACAGCUGUCCGAAACUUGAAACCUUCCUUGGUUUGUAGAAAAAUAUUUUUUAAAAUGAUAAGCACCUGCAAAAUGACUUCUGAGCAUGCUAUCUGCUAAGAAUUUUGGCACAGCCUACUUGAGUCCUGUCUUAUUUUUGUCAUCACUGUACAUCUGCCUGGCUGCUCAGACAGUGAGUGUGAUUGUGCCUCUCUGACUAGUGCUGAGACAAUAGAGAUGUCAGAAAUUGUAAAUGUCUCACUGAAAAAUGCACAGCAAAAUCCUCCAAAAAUACUUACUUAAACAUCCCGGCCAGGAAAAAAUUGCAAGUGCAAAAUAAAAAAAAAAUAAUUGGGGAAUCUGGUAUUUUAGGGUCUCUUUGAAGUUUUCAUUCUACAGUAGUCCUGACAUUCUAAUUGCAUAGUUAGUAUUUGCUAUAUAAUCUAAGGCCAAGCUUUUCAGAAGUGACUAGUGAGUUCAGGUGCCCAGCUUGAGACACUUUAUAGGUGCUUGAUUUUCAGAAAGUGUUAAGCACCCAUUCUCUGAAAAUCAGGUCCCUUCAAGGUGUCCCAAGUCAGACACUCAAUAACUGAGGCCCCUGAAAUCACCAGUCAGUUUUGAAGGAUUGGCCUGUAUUGUUUUCUAUUACAAAAAUCCACCACGGUGUAAACAAAUAUGCUGCUACCCUACGAACCUGUUUUACAGAAAAUGAUCUCCAGGCAAAUAACAGGAGCAGAAGAGGUUGGAACUCACCCCUCUCCCACCAUAUUCCCCUCAGUGAGGUGUGAGCUUCAAAAACUAAAGGGGAUCAUUUAAAAAGCAACCAUCCGAUUGCACAAGCAAUUUCCUUUUCUCUCAUUUCUUUUGAAGAGAAAGAUUAAACGAUACAAGUGAUGUUAGUGCCAUGUUCAUCAAGUCAAAACAACUGCUAUUACCAUAAAAAAAUUGUAACCACCAAGAUACUACAUUGGCCUCCAGAGUGACCACAUCAUUUUAUUGUGUGAAAUCCUGUCCCGCUGAAGUCAAUGGGCAUUUUACCACUGACUUCAUUGAGGGCAGGAUUACUCCAUUGCUUUAAUCUUUCUCCCACUCCUUCCCCAUCCUCACCAUUUGUUGUCACCUCCUGUGUUGUCCUGGCACUGAGCUGCACAGGUGGACCGCUGUGCCCAUGUGGAGUCCAAAAGAAGUCCAUGACAUCACAGAGAUGCCUCAUAAUUGUAAGCGCUACGCUCAGCAGUAAGUAGAAAGAACAGGAGGACUUGUGGCACCUUAGAGACUAACCAAUUUAUUUGAGCAUAAGCUCAAAUAUGCAUCGGUACGCAUCCGAUGAAGUGAGCUGUAGCUCAUGAAAGCUUAUGCUCAAAUAAAUUGGUUAGUCUCUAAGGUGCCACAAGUACUCCUGUUCUUUUUGCGAAUACAGACUAACAUGGCUGUUACUCUGAAACCAGCAGUAAGUGUUUGCCGACCGGGCCCGACAUAAGACUGUAAACUCUUAUGAGCACAGAGUAAGUCAUUGCUCGUUCUGUGAAAUGCUAUGCACAGCUAAAGAGCUACAUGAAUAAAUAAAUAAUAACAAGAACAAUAAUACUGCAUAAUUAAAUCCACAAAAUGUACUGCAAAAGUUGAAGUCCUAACAGCAACAGUCAUUUGGCCAUCUACCAUAUGUGUGAUAUGUUCCAUUCUUGUUUUUUCUGGCUGAUGUAUUUAUGUUAAUUUCAAACAAUACCACAAAACACAUAUGUUGGACAAUGGGGCUGAGUUAAUGUUGCUUUUAGAACCAAAAACUUUGUGUUUCCUGACUUCUUGUGGUUUUUGUCUGUUCAAAUUUAACACAGCAGAACAUGCAGUUUUUUGCAUUUUCUCAUGUAUAUGUGUGUGUUGGGUGGUUAAACUUGGAAGAUGUCACUUCUGUAUGUGUAAUAAAUGAAAAAAAAUCCUAAAACAA